AUGCCAUCUUCGCGACUCCCACCGGUGCCAGCCGCAGCCAAAGAAGAACCUACAGUCAACCCAGCGCGUGCUGCCUUGAUCAAUCAAGCAGAGCAUGGCAGGCAUGGUCCACCGAGGCCUGACCGCGACAACCGUGGCGAGCGAGAUUCUCGUUUGAACUCGCCGCGUCAUAGCGAUGAUAGACGUGGUGAUGAUCGUCGAGUCGACGAUCGCCCGCCUCCUGGAUAUCAUGGUCGGAAUGAUGCGCCACGGGAUCCUCGGGAUGAGCGUCCUCAGAUGCCACCCUCUAGUGGGCGAAACCACCGUGAGGAUCCGGGAGCCAGUGCUCCAACCGGUCCGCGUGGUGGUCGCAACGAAGCCGUUGCAACAUCCCGGGCUUCGCGGGAGAUGUUCCAGCCUACACCUGGACCACGGGCACAAGACCCCAAUUAUGGCCGGCUGAACCAGCCUGCAGAGCCGGCGCCCCCGCCAUCUGGCCCACGCAGCGAUCGAACAUCGCAGCCUUCAACACCGAGUGCACCCACCGGCCCCGCAGCAUCACUACCAGCAGGUAUCCAUCCUAGUAGGCUGGCACACAUCGAGGGCAGAGCACCAAGCGGGCCACCUCUUCAGACCAACAUGCCGAAUGCUCCAAGCGGUCCGCGUAACGGAGGUCGCGCUCCUCAAGGUCCUAUCCCGUCAUCACCAGUCGGUCCGCGCCCUCCCACAGGUCCCGGAGGACCUAGGAAUGCCGGUAACCCACUACGAGCCAUCAACAACGUAUUGACUGGAAACGCACCUGCCGAUCGAUCAAGCGAACGCAAUGCACCUCAUUCCAACCCUCCGGUGCGUGGUCGCGGUGCUACUCGCGCCAACGGCCCAAUGGACGGAUCAGACAUGACGAGCCCAAUGCCACCGCCCUCGCUUGAUUCAACGCCCAACCAGCACCCGAGGAGCAGUCGAAAUGAAGAUGUACCGAGCAGGAUGGAGGGUGCUCUACAAGAAGAAGGUCGUUCAGAAUCUCGCAGUCAUCGACACCGAUCAGGCCGCGAGCGCUCACCCGAUCGAUCUGGACGCCAUCCCGAAGAGCGAAGCAGCCGCACUGCCCCUUCUGAGCGCGCAGAGGGCGAGCGUGGCUCCGACCGCGGCCGCGAGAAACACGGCAGCAACCGAGAAAGUAGCCGUCGCGAGCGCGGCGAACGAGACGGCGAACCAAGAUCAGGACGUGAGCCUCGCGAAAGCAGCAGACGCGAGCGUGGCUCCCGUGACGACGGACGCUCUUCAGGAGCCAGGGAAGAAGGACGCUCGGAUCGGAGGAGCCGUGGUGGCGGCGGAGGAAGCAGUCAGGGCGAUGAAGCACGCAAGAGGGGUCGCGAUCCCCAGGAUCAAGCCCAUGGAGAUACCAAGAGGAGACGUUAG